UUACUACUGAGUGUAAUUGCUCUUGUUUUUCUGUUAGGAACUAUCAAAAAGUUAUCAUUGAAAACACUUAAAAACUACUGCUUAAAACUAAAAUAUUAUUACAUAAAUAAACAUAUACUAAUUAAUUUAACAAAACAUAUCUAUUUACAAAAUAAUUCCGUUAAUAUUGUACGACUUUAAUAAUUAUCACAUUGCGUAGGUAGCCGUACCUACAUUCCACAGCCGAGCCGUUACUCUUCCGGUCGGAUGUUCGACACAAUCCUUCUGCCUUUGUAGCGAGAACACCUCGAUUACUCGUAUAUUUUUUAAAUACUUUUUUUUACUAAUUUUGUCUACGAUAUAAUAAUUCAUAGUGUUGUGUUAUCCCCAUUAAUUGGGGUUCACCCUUCGAGUUCUACAACCGCAGGACCCACUACCGGUCCUGUACUUACCUCUACCGCUUCACCUUUCGGGUUCUACAACCCGCUGGAUCCACUUUCGGUCCUGUACUUACCCCACCGUUUCUGCUGCCCUGCUGCGCGCGCCGGUGUACCCCGUGUCGUCGUGGGAAGAGUUACAGGGAAGUGGUAGUUUUCCUACUGCACCAAGGGUGCUCAGCCAGUAUCAAAUUACCUGCGACCCAGAGAUCCGAUCUAUGUACUUGCUAGGGAUUUAAUGUCAAUAAACUUGGUUUUAUUUCUAUAUACCGUUUUAUUUACCCUAGUAAGUACAACCUAUUUGAUUCGCGUGAUAAGAACGUGACAAUGGCGCCCAACUAAGGAAAUACUGAGCUGAGUAUCCUUUUUGCUGGUUUUAGCAUUUUUGGUCAUCUUUGGUGUUGGUCUGAUUAUUUUGUCUAGCUUUAAGUGAAUUGUAACUGCAACUUUUGUGUGCUGUGGUUGCUUUGUGGGAAUACCUAACUAAUUCUCUUUCAAGGUGAUUGCAUACAAUUAAAAACUCAAAAUCGAACCUACCACAUCGCACAGAAGGAAAUAUUUGAUUUUGCACUGCCAACCUCUGUCUAUCCCUGUGUUUUAAUUGUUGUGUACUUUUGAUAGUAGCAUUUGUUUUCUUGUUAUUUUCCUUCUGCCGUUUCCUGUGUUUUAGUUAUUAAGACUUCAGGUACUUGCAACACUUACUCAAAAAAUAACUAUAAAACUAAACUAAUUACAAUUUAAACAUAAAGUAAUAGAGAUGUCUCGUCCAAUUAAAUAUUUAUCGCUUCAGAAAGAUGAACUCCUUUAUGAAGUUCAAUUGCGCGGUAAGAGUGGCAGUUCGGUUGUUGAACUUCGCAGGCUAAUCGUGGAUUUGGCGAAGGAGCAGGCCGCCGAAGACAUUUUGGAGUCUCAUUUGGAAGCUCCAGAGGAUUUGGCUGGUGUCAAGGCUUCUAUGAUAAAGUCGCAGACGUAUUUGGCUAAUCUGAAAGCUAAAAUGGAUAAAACAUUAUACCUACGAACAGAAAAUCUGCUCAAUCAUAUCUACCACCGUCUUAAUAGAAUUCAAAAUGUGCCUGAUGAAGUCGAUAAAAUAUAUAAAUUAUGUCACUCAAACCUUUUGGUCCAGUACUCGGAAUUUAAAACUCUCGCAUCUGCAACUACAUCCGAUGUAUCUGAAAUUAAAUCCACAUCUAGUGCAGUUGUGGUCACUUGUGAUAAAACCACAAAUGCAGAAUUAGCAAAUCUAAAAUACUCUGGAAAAACCUGUGUCCGCUCCUUCAUUCAAAAGGUUAACGAAUUUAUUCAGGUCAGAAAUAUUAGCAAAGAAAAAUUACUGACAUUUGCCUACGAGAUUUUUACUGGAGAUGCACUGCACUGGUUUCGUUGCGUAAAAGACCGUGUUGAGUCAUGGGACGAACUUGUAGUUCUAUUGAAAAAUGACUUUGGUCAAAAAGAUUACGAUUACCGUCUUCUUGCUGAAAUACGUGCUCGUACGCAAGGCGAACAUGAAAAUAUCACAAUUUACUUAUCAAUAAUGCAUGGAUUAUUCGCUAGAUUGGAUAAAGCGUUAUCUCAACAGGACCAAUUAGAAAUAAUUCGCCAUAACAUUCGUCCCUGUUACGCUAGCACGCUUGCUGCAGUUUCCAAUAUAACUGAUUUGGAGACGUUAAAACAAUGUUGUCGCAACUACGAAGACGUUCAAUCUUGUUUGAAACAAUUUCGUGAACCACCAAAACCAAAUUCAAAUACUUUAGCACCUGAGUUUGCUUAUAAUCAGCCUAAUACUUCACCUGGGAGCUACAUAAGGAAUAAUUAUAAUAAUCAAAAUAGGUACAAUAAUCAAAAUCCACCAACAAACAACAACUACUAUCGCAACUGUUAUGCUACAAAUAAUAAUAAACACGAAAUAAACAAGCACAAUGCAGUAUCGGUUAACGCAGUUUCUAUCGAUGUUGACGCGGUGUCUCCCCGCAACGUGUUCUGUCCCAGGUGCCGUAAAUCAACUCAUAGUCUACGUCAAUGUAAGGAACCGCAUUUUCCAGUAUGUUUUAAAUGCGGCAAGAAAGAUGUUAGAUAUCCCGAAUGCCCUGUUUGCCACAAAUAUACCGGAAAUUCAAAAAACUAAAUACUUGGGAUCGUAGUGACCGCGGAGCAACUUCGAAACAAUCUAAAGAAGAUUGGGAUAAAUGGUUGGACUACAUUUCCAAAUAUUUUUCCUUCUGCACUGUCACUUCGAUCCGAAAUAUGAAUAUCAA